UCGGGUGUGUUGUCUUCUUGUGUCCAGUCUCGGCUCCACGCGUAGUAGGUGUGUUCUUUCCCGUGUUUCGUCCUCCUGCCGUUGCUUCGCCACAGGACGUGUGGUAUUCGUCCUUUUGCCUGUGUCCUGCCAGAGAGCCCGGGUUAACCCAAAGUUAUUAAGUAUUGUUUGAGUUUGGUUGUUCCUUUUGUUUGUCGAGUCUUUAUUUAUACCUUUGUGUUUACUGUCAUUAAAAGACUCUUUUUGGUUACACAACCCCUCUGCCUCUAUGCCUGCUCUUUUCGCCCAUGGCGAUCAACACCAGCCAUUACACCUCGUUCGUGACAGCAUUGUGCAAAGAGGAACACAAAGGGAAAUUCCAAAAUUGUGACCAUCUUUCAGAUCAUCUUACUCUAGACCAGCACACCAAUGGAGACUCCAAGUAUAUUUUUCCAUUUUCCAUACGUGUCUAACAAUUCAUUUAAAUAUAUUAAACAAAAUGAGGAAGGAUCGACGCCUGAAGAUGGACACACUGAACUUUCCAUAAUUCUCAGCAUUAUGAUCCUCCUUGGUCUCAUUGGCAACAUCUUCGUUGUUAUCAAAGUAUCCUCUAUGAGGCUCCGAUCACUGACCAUCAUCUUCAUUCUCAACUUAACGCUUUCAGACAUGUUGUUUACCGCUGGACUGAUGUUCAGGGUCUACGAACAUAUCUGGGGUUUGAUUCCCAGAGACGCAGGGUGCAAAGGGUUUAACUAUAUUUUCACAGCUGGAUUUUACUGCAGCAUCAUGUUCCUGGUGCUAAUGAUCGUUCAGCGCUACAUGGCCCUGGUGCACCCUGAUUUAGGCUGGAAUAAAGGACUAUGUACCAGAAGAGCACUUUUUGGUGCACUAAUAGGGAGCACUUUGGCAGCGUUGCCAGUUGUGGUGAACACUGCAGCACUUUCUUACUCAGAAGUCUGUAUGAGGAGCAGCCAAUCUGCAUUUGUUGCUAUUAUGUAUGAAUACAACAUUUUUUUUCUUUGUGGCUUUUUGGUAAUGGAUUUUUGCUACAUCAGGAUUUUUCAAAUUCUCUUCAAUUCCCUAACAAACCAGAAACACCGAAUUGUUGGACUUGCAUUCUUUCUACUAUCUACAUUCCUUAUUUUUUGGGCACCUCACAUCCUAAUGACUUUUCUGUACAUAUUGGCUUAUCAUCUGAUCUGGAUUUCUGCACAUAAUCUUUUCUACUAUGUCAAAUACAUCUGCUUUAUUCUGGCUAUCACCCGGUGCUUUCUCAUCCCAGUGGGCUACGGCUUAUUUGGUGUCAAAUUUCGUGAGGAAAUGAAUGAGAUCUUUCAAAUUACAGAAGCUGAACAAAACCCAAAAGAGGAAUUUCCAUCAGACAAUCCAUAAUAGUUUAAGUACAUCACAACUGUUGUGAUCUGUAAUUUGACUCUCAAGGCUAGAUAUUAGUAACAAUUACUAAGCAGAUGAAAAUCUAUCAUCAAUCAAUCUACUAGGAAGGAAGUCCAUAAGUCAGCCAGACAGUUACCCAAACAAACAAUGUGACACAACUACUCAGGACAAACAUCA